AUGGUUAAAGCUCAUGCUAGGAUUGUGGGAAACUCUUCUAAGAGGGCUUCUAAUGGAUCUAUAACAAAUUUUACUCUUUUAAAGCAGUUUGACAUCAGUAUUCAUCCUAGUUCAAAUGCUAGAACUUUGGAAGUUAUUUGGUCUCCUCCAUUAAUGGGAAGGAUUAAGUGCAAUGUAGAUGGUGCUUCAACUGGGUCUUCGAGCAAUGUUGCCUGUGGUGGAAUCUUUAGAGACCACCAUGCUACUCAUAUCAUGAGUUUUAGCUCCUACUUACACGGUGAAACUCCGGAGUCGGGUGAACUUAUUGCGGUUAUUCAAGCCUUAGAGCUGGCAAAAGGAAAGAAUUUUGAUAAAUUAUGGAUAGAAACGGAUUGUAGUUUUGUUGUUCACGCUUGCAACAAUCAUGCUAUGGUGCCUUAG